AUGCAAAGACGUUCAUCGCCUCAGGAUUAUAGGGAAAAUGAACAUUAUCAAGGUCGCCCUGAAUUUCAGGUACUAGAAGAGAUUGGUCGAGGUUCAUUUGGGUCUGUCAGGAAAGUUUUGCAUCUUCCCACUAAGAAAUUAAUGGUUAGGAAAGAGAUUAAAUAUGGGCAUAUGAAUAGUAAGGAAAGACAACAGUUGAUUGCAGAAUGUUCAAUUUUAUCGCAAUUGAAACAAGAGAACAUCGUUGAAUUUUAUUCUUGGGAAAUUGAUGAAAAGCUAGAGGUCUUAUAUCUAUACAUGGAGUAUUGUAGUAGAGGUGAUUUAAGUAAAAUGAUCAAACAAUACAAACAGGAGCAUAAAUAUAUUCCUGAAAAAGUUGUGUGGGGUAUUCUUGCACAACUGUUGAUGGCAUUGUACAAGUGUCAUUAUGGUGAAGAUUUAGGAUCAUUGACCACUAUUUAUGACAGAAUGAAGCAACCAGGUAAGGGGAAGAAUAUUGUCAUACAUAGAGAUUUGAAACCCGGUAACAUUUUUUUAAGUUACGAUAACGAUUCUAAUUCUAAUACCGAUGGGGGGCAUAAGAAAGUUACGACCAUGGAUUACAGUGAAGUGGUAGUAAAAUUGGGUGAUUUUGGUCUUGCCAAAUCACUGGAGACAUCUAUACAGUUCGCAACGACGUAUGUUGGAACUCCAUAUUACAUGUCACCAGAAGUUUUAAUGGAUCAACCUUAUUCCCCAUUAAGUGAUAUUUGGUCAUUGGGCUGUGUUAUCUUUGAAAUGUGUUCCUUACACCCUCCAUUCCAGGCGAAAAGUUAUACAGAAUUGCAAAAUAGGAUUAAAAGUGGGAAAUUUGAUCGGAUUCCUGAAUACUACUCAAAUGGGUUAAAUGCCAUUAUUCAUUCUAUGGUUGAUACAAAUUUAAAAUCUAGACCUUCGACUUUUGAAUUGUUACAGGAUAUUCAAGUUAGAACUGCUAGAAAGUCAUUACAAUUGGAAAGAUUUGAGAAAAACUUGUUGGAUUACGAAAGAGAACUUGUCAAUAUUGAAAAAAUUUUGGAGAAACAAUCGUAUGAAUAUGAACGUGAAAUUGCACAAUUGAAAGACCAGUUUGUGAUUGCAGUUGAAGAAAGAGUUAGGGAAGUCCUUGAGGGUAAAAAAGUAGGCAAGGCACCGGACUCUAUUCGUGGAUAUUAUGAUAAGAGAUUACCAAAGCCUGCAUACCACUGGAAAACAAGAUAUAAGUGA